UCACUCCGUGUUAUUUUAUGGUCGUCCAGGCAACAAGACGGAGGCACGUGCGUUGUGUUUCUAAUCUAAUCUCGUGCUGGAUUAUUUUGUAGCUGUCCGCGAGCUACCUAAACGAGGAGGAGCAGUCACGCGCGCGGGGCGGGUUAUUAAAAGUGCGGGAUGUAUUAAAUUAUUUUUAAUCGACCUGUCGAGCUGAAGUUUGAGCGGGAGCUGUCGGGACAUGCUAACGCCUAAUUAGCAACCUAGCCCCGCGCGAGCGAGCGAACUAACGAGCGAACGCACGAGCGUUCGACCGUUGGGCUAACGGCCGUUAGGCUAACGUCUGCUAGCCGGACGGAGGAGGGCGGCAGCGGCGAUGGACGACCCCGGCAUCAAGAAGCAAAACUGGGACGUGAAGGAGACCGAGUUGUUUCUGGAAAUCCUCAAGGAGCUGGACAUGAAGAAGUGCUUAGACGAUCAAAAUGGACCCUGAGAUGGAUUCGCAGCUGAAGAUCGGUUUCAUCGGGGCGGGGAACAUGGCGUUCGGCAUCGCAAAGGGCAUCUUGUCUGGAAAUGUUCUACCUGUGAAUGUCAAAGUGAGCGCACCCUCCUCCAAGAACCUGGGACGCUUUCAGGAGCUCGGGAUCUCCGUCACUCACUCCAACGUCGAGGUGGUCUGUGGGUCGGACGUGGUUUUUGUAGCAGUCAAACCUCACCUGGUUCCACUAGUUCUCAAUGAGAUCUCACAACACGUCACUGACCGACACAUCAUCGUGUCUGUUGCAGCAGGAGUGACUCUGUCAACAGUGGAAGAGCUCCUGCCAGAGAACUCAGUCGCCAUCAGGCUGAUGCCAAAUCUCCCGUGUUUGGUUCAGGAAGGCGCUCUCCUGUUCGCACGGGGUUCCUACGCCAAACAGGAAGACGGAGCUCUGCUCCGCUCUUUGCUGCACCGCUGUGGUUUGGUGGAGGAGGGACCUGAAGCCUGGAUCGACAUCCACACCGGACUGAGCGGGAGCGGAGUCGCUUUUGUGUAUCUGUUUGCUGAAGCGUUGGCAGAAGGAGCUGUGAAAAUGGGAAUGCCCAGUGCUCUGGCACACAGCAUCGCCUCUCAGACUGUUCUGGGUGCUGGGAGACUGUUACGUGACUCUGGGAAGCAUCCAGCUCAGCUCCGCUCUGAGGUGUGCACCCCGGGCGGAACAACCAUCUACGGGCUCCACACCCUGGAACAGGGCGGCGUGAGGGCGGCGACCAUGAGCGCCGUGGAAUCUGCCACCGAGAGAGCCCGGGAGCUCGGCCGGAAGUCAGCAGGAGCAGGAAGCAGGAAAUGACAGCUGCUGUUUGCCUUUUAAAUAACCUCCAUGGAUCUUAUUCGAGCCUCUGUGGCUCACAGACAGAACAGACAGCGCCUUUUUCUAUUUAACUGACCCGUUUUCUUCUUCGACCGGAGCAAUUUGUUACGAGCAAGAAGGAGAUAUCGACUUAAUCCUGACACUAACAAGUAAAUGAUCUGAUCCUGUGACUUAUUUGAGAGAAUGGUUACGUCUACGUGCACACCAAGUCAUCCAGUCCUUUCUGAUCGAGGCAGAAAUGCAGACAAGACGUCACUCGAAUUAGAAACACACCCACAGCUGUGACCAGUCCACGGAUCUACAGCUACGAAAUCCAAACCUGCCUUAUGAGCCACGAUUGGGUUGUUCUGUGCAUGUGUGUGGGGAAUGGAUGUGAAACGUGUGAAUGUAUUUAAUUCUAUUAAAUUAUAGUAUCAAAUGAAGCAUAAAACUUUAAUUUGGGAUCAUUAAAGGAUGAUCGUGUUUGUGCUGCUGCUGCUGCUGCUAGUUUGUGUCCCAGGUGUACUUUAUGGUUUUGUGUAUAACACAACGUUCAUGAUUCUUCGAUAAAGCGUCAUGUGAACCAGC